AUGAAAUUAAUUAAAUGUAAUUUUAUGUCUAGUUUUUGGGCGCAUACAUUUUUCUCCAAUUCACAUCUUACAGUGGAGAAUAUAACAAAUUUUGUGGUUUUUUUUAUAACGACUAAUGCCCCAAAAACAGACUUGUUACAACAGGAAUUUAGUUUUGGUAGAGCGACAGUAAUAGAUUGGGUUAAUUUUAUUCGGGAAGUAUUAUUGGAUUGGUCAUUCCGGCAUAAUUCUGAUAUGAUUGGGGGGGGGGGGGGAAGUAGUAGAAGUCGUGAAUCAAAAUUAGAGAAACGUAAAUAUUAUCGGGGGCGUAUUAUUGAAGGUCAAUGGGUUUUUGGGGGUAUAGAAAGAGGUUCAAAAAAAUUGUUUAUUGUACCUAUAAAAACGCGAGAUCGGGAAACUUUAGUUGAAAUUAUUAAAAACAAAGUUGCACCUGGAACAAAAAUUAUAUCGGACUUCUGAAAGUCAUACGAUAGCCUUCCUCAAGAAGGUUAUCAUCAUGACAAAGUUAAUCACUCAGAAAAUUUCAUAGACCCGACAACUGGCGCUCAUACGCAAAAUAUUGAACGCAGUUGGCGGGACUUGAAAUCUGUAAUUCCAAAAUAUGGACGGACUGACGAACAUUAUACCAGCUAUGUCGCGGAAUUUUUGUUUGUUCGGGCUUACCCUGAUAGAAGGGACCGAAUACAUAAAAUAUUCCGUGAAAUAGCAACGGUGUAUGACCCGACAAGACUUGAAAUAAACAACGAACAAAAUGACGAAAAUUAAUUUUGGUUUCAU